AUGGCUGACGAAGCAGCACCAGCCGGUGAUAACGCCGAAUACAUCAAGAUCAAGGUCGUUGGACAGGACAGCAACGAAGUCCAUUUCCGAGUCAAGUUCGGAACAUCUAUGGCUAAGCUGAAGAAGUCGUAUGCCGACAGAACCGGAGUCUCAGUGAACAGUCUCCGUUUCCUCUUUGACGGACGUCGCAUCAACGACGAGGACACUCCAAAGACGCUCGAGAUGGAGGACGAUGACGUCAUCGAAGUGUACCAGGAGCAGCUCGGAGGAUCCUGCUUCUAA